AGAACCAAUGAUAAAAAGCAACCUUAGAUGCUCCAGAAAAGAGGCUGAGAAAAUUUAAGUACUGAGGAAAAGAUACAUCUCUGAGGUGACAGCAGAGGAUGGCAGUCAGCCUGGAGGACUGAAAGGCCAAGAAAGAUGAACAGACCUUAAAGAGAAGGAAUAUCACCAGCUUCUUCCCUGACACAGCUUCCAAAAAACCAGCCAAAGGGGUGGCAGUUGGCCUCACUCUGGGUGAAAUAAUCAAAGGUGUGAAUAGCUCAGAUUCAGUCCUUUGUUUCCAGGCCACCCAGACAGCCAGGAAAAUGCUAUCCCAGGAAAAGAACCCCCCUCUGAAAUUGAUUCAUUGAAGCACUCCUUUUCCCAGGAUGGUGGAGUUCCUGAAGUCAUCACUUUACCCCUGCUUGCAGUUUGAGGCCGCCUAGGCCCUGACCAACAUUGCUUCAGGGACUUCCGAGCAGAUUUUGAGCUAUGGUAGAAGAGGGACCCAUCCAGCCCUUGAUCAAGCUCCUGUAUUCCCCCAGUGUGGCUGUGCGUGAACAGGCAAGUGGGCUCUUGAUAGUAUACCCUGUGACAGCCCAGAGUUCAGAGAUAACAUCAUCUCAAGCAAUGCCAUCCCACAUCUGCGGCCCUGAUUUCACCCAGCCUACCAAUCACAUUUCUGCGGAACAUCAUUUGGACCUUGUCGAACCUGUGCCAAAAGAAGACCCCAUGCCUUGCGAAACUGCAGUGAAGCAGAUGCUGCUGGCCCUCUCACUCCCGCAGCACCACCACGGCAAGGUUCUCUCAAGCCUGCUGGGUGCUGUCCUACCUCACCAAUGGGCUACAAAGAGUGCAUCAGCCAAGUAGUUGACACGGGGGUCCUGCCCAGGCUUGUAGCACUCAUGACCAGCUCAGACCUCAAUGUCUUGACCCCUUCUCUCUGUACUGUGGGGAACAUUAACACAGGCACAGAUGAGCAGAAAAAGAUGGCCACUGACGUGGGCAUGCUGAACAUGCUGCCCCAGCUCCUGUAGCACAACAGGCCCUUCAUCCAGAAGGAGGUGACCUAGGCCUUGAGCAAUAUGGUGGCAGGGCCCUCUCACCACACCCAGCAGCUGCUUGCUACAAACAUCUU